AUGGCGGGCCCACAUUUUCUGCCCCGAGGGAGCACCACAGUGAGUGAGAAGCUGGUGAACUCCAGCAACGUCAGUGAAGACUAUUUUUUGGUGACGGGUGUGGAUUACGCCGUGGACGACGACACGCUGCUGUGCUCCUUGGGGGAGGUCAGACGGUUCUCCCAGUUAUUUGUACCCAUUGCCUACGCCUUGAUAUGUGUCUUCGGCCUCCUGGGAAAUGUUUUAGUGGUGGUCACCUUUGCGUUUUAUAAGAAAGCCAAGUCAAUGACAGAUGCUUACCUGUUGAAUAUGGCCAUUGCGGACAUACUGUUUGUCCUUACACUGCCGUUCUGGGCGGUGAGUCACGCCAGUGGAAGGUGGCAUUUCAGCAAUGCCCUGUGCAAACUGAUCAAAGGCAUCUACGCCAUCAACUUCAACUGUGGGAUGCUGCUGUUGACCUGCAUCAGCACGGACCGGUACAUCGCCAUUGUGCAGGCCACCAAGUCCUUCAAGCUGCGGUCCAAAACGCUAGCACACAACAAGGUCAUCUGCUUCCUGGUGUGGGUGAUGUCCAUCCUCAUCUCCAGCUCCACGUUCACCUUCAACCAGAAGUACAGCAUGCAGGGCGUCGACGUGUGUGAGCCCAACUACCACAGCGUCUCGGAGCCCAUCCGAUGGAAGCUCCUGAUGCUGGGCCUCCAGCUGCUCUUUGGCUUCUUUAUCCCCCUGGUCUUCAUGAUCUUCUGCUACCUGUUCAUUGUCAAGACCUUGGUGCGGGCUCAGAACUCCAAAAGGCACAAGGCCAUCCGUGUGAUCAUAGCGGUGGUUCUCGUGUUCCUGGUCUGCCAGACCCCCCACAACAUGGUUCUCCUGGUGACCGCUGCCAACAUGGGCAGCAUGGGCCGGUCCUGCAGCAGCGAGAAGCUCAUUGGCUACACCAAGAACGUCACCGAGGUGCUGGCCUUCCUGCACUGCUGUCUCAACCCCGUGCUCUACGCCUUCAUCGGCCAGAAGUUCCGCAACUACUUUCUGAAGAUCAUGAAGGACCUGUGGUGCGUGAGGCGGAAGCACCAGGCCAGCAGCUUCUCCUGCUCCAGGAUGUACUCUGAGAGCGCCCCCUCCAGACAGACCAGCGAGGUGGCAGACAAUGAGAACGCGUCGUCCUUCACCAUGUGA